AUGGCUUCCACCGUCUUGUUCGAGGACGUCUUUACCGUCCGCGAUAAGGAUCCCCAUGGCAAGCGCUUCGACCGCGUCUCCCGCGUCAUCUGCGAGGGUAUGAGCUUCAACAUUGAGCUGAUCCUGGACCUCAACACUCAGCUAUACCCCGUCGACCUGAACGACCGCUUUACUCUCUGCCUCGCCUCUACCCUGAGCAUGGACGAUGAGCCCGACGAUGGCUACUACAACCAGAACCGCAACGCCAGCCGAGCUGACAACUUUGACUAUGUCAUGCACGGCACCAUUUAUCGCAUUGAGGACACGGACAACGGCCAGCAGCUGUACGUGGAGUCUUCCGCCUCAGUAUCGAUCUGCAUGCUCCCUCCCUGCCUCGCCCCUUGUUUCCUCGCCUUGCAGGCACAAUGCCGCUGA